UACCAGCUCUACAAUGAAGUUCCUUUCCAUUGUAUCCAUCCUCUCAAUCUUGAUUAGCAGUGCAUGGUGUCAAACUGCAAAUUAUUGCGAUCCAUCGUUGUGCCCCUCAAAUGGACCGCACAUCGCCUGCAAUGGAUUAAACAGUCCUAGUCCCAGUUGUGGCACCGGUGCAUUCGAGAUCAAAUUGGACAGCCAGAAGCAGGCUCUGAUUACCAAUCUGCAUAAUCAUCUGCGCAAUCGGGUUGCCAUGGGACACCAAAAUUACACGAUGAACUUGUUUUACCCACCAGCUGCUAGGAUGGCUACUUUGGUAUGGGACCGUGAGUUGGCAUACAUUGCGGCUACCAAUGCUAGGCGCUGUCUAUACGAACAUGACCGAUGCCGCAAUACGAAGACAAUGAGAGCCGUUGGACAAAACGUCGCAAUCAAGGUGCAUAAUGGAGAGAAUAUUCCGGAUGAAAUGUUGAUUCGAGAGUUUAUCGACUCCUGGUUUUCUGAAUAUGCCAAUUCUAAUCCAUCGCACAUUGCCAGUUAUCCAUCGAGCUGGACUGGUUCAACGAUUCGUCACUUCACGCAGAUUGUCUCGGAUCGUUCCAGUAGAAUUGGAUGCGCAAUGAUGAGCUAUGGCAAACCACCUUGGGCCAGAAAACUGUUUGUGUGCAACUACGGCCUAACGAACAUCAUCAAACAGCCGGUUUACCUUGCAGGGACUACAGGGUCGCAAUGUCGCCUUGGGCGCAAUCCGGAGUUUCCCGCUCUGUGCCGCACGGUGAAAAUUGUGAUCAAUUAUCCGUGAAUUGAAAAUGAUGAAAAUCGAAAAACAAUCAAUCUUUCCGAGGAUAAGAUGUAACGUGUAGCAUGCUGAACACAUACAUGUUCUGAAAUCUACACCUACAGAUAAGUGUUGGAUUCGAAUAAACCGAAAUUUU